GGGAGUAAAUUGCAAGGAAAUUCAUGAUAUUGCAACCAUUCCAUUGGAAGAAUUGCUUUUAAAGAGGCUAAAUAGUUUGAAGAGUGUAUGGAAUAAGGAUCCUCAAGGACUUGUCUCCUUUCAAAACCUACUGGUCUUAAAAGUUGUUGGGUGUCCUUGUUUAAAAUAUCUUUUUCCAAUUACGGUAGUAGAAGGCCUUGUGCAACUUGAAGAACUACAGAUAAUAAAUUGUGGAGUGGAGGAAAUUGUUGCAAAUGAAAAUGGAGAUGAAGUAAUGUCUUCAUUAUUCCCUAAACUAACCUCUCUCACACUCUUUGGAUUAGACAAACUCAAAGGUUUCUACCGAGGAACACGUAUUGCAAGAGGGCCACAUUUGAAAAAGCUAAUUAUGUUGAAAUGGGAUCAAGUGGGGACACUUUUUCAAGAAAUAGAUUCAAAAGGUUAUAUUGAUAGUCCAAUUCAACAAUCUUUCUUCUUGUUGGAAAAGGAUGCAUUCCUUAAUUUGGAGCAAUUGAUCUUAAUGGGCUCCAAGAUGAAAAUAUAUCUGGUGACUUCCUCAAUGGCUAAAACAUUGGUGCAGCUCAAAGUGCUUACUAUAAAAAAAUGCGAAUCGGUGGAAGAAAUAGUCAGACAUGAGGGAGGUGAAGAACCAUAUGAUAUUGUUUUCUCCAAAUUACAAAGGUUGAGACUUGUUAACUUACAAAGUCUAAAAUGGUUCUGCUCAACUACAUGCAUCUUCAAAUUCCCAUCCUUGGAACAAUUUGAGGUGGAAGGAUGCCCUCAGAUGGAAUAUUUUUGUGAGACAGUCCCAAGUACACCAAGGGUAAAGGAAGUAAAAAUUGACGAUCAUGUGGAAGAGCAUUUUUUGGGGUGUGACAUCAAUACCAUCAUCCAUAAUAUAGCUUUGGAGAAGGUAUGCGAGAUUUCUUUCUUUUGAGAAGCUGCACAGAUACCAUCCUUGGCAGAGAGACGCUAGCUAAUGAUAUUUCCUUCAUUUAAAUUAAAUAGAGGUAGGUUUUUCUCUCUAAGUGUCUUGAUUUUUUUCAAUAAAUAAGCUAGAUUUUUUGUAUGCUUUGCUCUAAAGCUUGAUAUUUCUGGAUUGCUACAAUUCAACUCUCCAUGAUUUAAAUUGUGUGUGAAUUUAGGAAACUUUAUUAGUGUUAUUCUUGCCUAUAUGU